AUGUCCAGUUUCGACAAAUACGUGGUGCAGCUGGUGUGCCGUAUGGGUGAUAGCGUGUCGAAAGGGAUGCGGGAGGUGAUACUGCUAAACAUCAAGGACAGCAUUGACGAUUACCAACGGCUCCGUGACCCGGCUGAGGCGCAGACACGCAAGAAAGCCGCGGCUGUCAAGAAGCGGCGGGCGGCUGCGCGAAAGGCCAAGGAGGAGGAGCGGUGCCGAAGAAUGGAGCGGCAAGCGAAUCUGCCGCCAUUCCCGCCGUCGAGUUCGAAUAACGCCAUUCAACCCGCCGCGACGGACUCAAAGUCAAACAAGAAGGCGCACAAGGGAAAGUCCGCUGCCAAAAGCAAUACCGUGAACUCCUCUGCCCCCUCCUCUGCAGAGCGUGCUGGUGCCAUGACCGCAGCCACUGCAGCUGCGAAGGCGCCGGCGCGCCCGAAGAUGCCCUCGGUGCAGUUGAAAGACAUUGACUUCCUCUUUGUAAAGGAGGUGGAGGCGCAACUGCGCGAUCUGGGAAGGAGGCCGAGGGCGAUGUACUCUUUGGCGGGUUCCACGCAAGAAUGCGUUGCCUCGAAUGGCUUCGGAGCCGAGACGCCUCUUGGUGCCGCAUCUGCACCUAAACCUGCUGGGGUCAGGGAAACGGCUGCGAGGAACAAGAAGUCAGAGUCGGCCACCCCGCCAAAGCGCAUGUCGCCGCCCCCACUGGACCACACCGCGAUGAAGCAGUCGGACCGGGAAAACUUGUUGAUCUGUGGCUCAGAUGAGACUUUGCCACUGCCCCGGAGCGACACAAUCUCCUACCAGGAAACCUUCAAAACAUUUAAGUUUGGACGUCAGGACGUGGACAACGAAAGCGACUCCAUAGCCGAGAAGGACUCACAGGACGGAGAACAAAGGCAGAGGGAAGCGGAGGAGGAUGAGUUCAUCGACGACUGCGAGGAUGCUCGACGCCGAACCAUCCAAAUGCAGCGCCCGAGUCGUGGCGCCAUCUCGGACUCCUCGUUAGACAUUGACGAGGCGCGUAUUGCUAGCUUUCCGACAACGCCCAAGUCACAGGAGAAAAUGAAGACAAUCUCGCGCGUCCUUGUGCGUCACUUUUUGUUUUCUACGCUGGACGACAGUGAUAUUGCGAAGUUUGCGUCCAUCAUGGAUGUCGAGAAGUUCGAGGCGGGCACGCAAAUCUUGGAAAAAGGCCACACGAACGACACCUUCUUCAUUGUGCUUGACGGUGAGGCGGAAACGACGAUGAUGAACGAGGACGGCGCGGAGGUGGUCGUGCCUCUGGUGCGCGGCUCCACAUUUGGGGACCUGGGGCUGAUGUACGAAAUAUCGAAUGGUGCGGCCGUCGUGGCUCGCUCCUCGGUGCAGUGUGCCUCGCUGGAGCGCCGCACCUACAAGAUGAUCACUUCGCGCGCGAUGGAGGACAAGCGGCGCAGAUAUGUUGAUUUCCUGUCGUCGCUGCCGGUGUUUGCCGGGGUGUCUUCGCGCCAGCUACAGGACGUCGCAGAGCGCCUCAAGGAGGACAGCUACGUGGAGGGUCAGAGGGUGAUCGCGGCCGGAGUGCCGAAUCACUGGUUGCACAUCAUCACGGAGGGAAGCGUAUGCGUAAUGGCGCCGGACGCAGAGAGUGGGGAUAUGAAAGAAGUGGCACUGCUCCACGCCGGCGACUUUGCUGGUCAAAUCGAGUUCCUUUACCAUCACGUCGCCGUUGCUGAUGUCGUGGCUGUGAGCGCGGUGGUAAAGACCGCGAAGCUCAGUCGCCGCUCCUUCGAAUUCUUCCCGGAGGAGGCCCGCGAGCGGCUGAUCAGGGCCGUCGAGGAGGAGGAGACGUACGCGACGUAUCAGAAGCGCAUGCACAGUGGCACACGUCCGCCUCUGGACACAACGCCGCCGUUCGAUGCCCCGCCGUCUCACUUGUGGCACACUCUGCAACAGCACGAGAGUGCGUGA